AUGGACGUUGCCGGAAAAAUCGAGACUUUGGUCAAUUCAUUGAGGGAUUUGUCGCCGACUCGUGUUAGAUCAUCUUCCUCUGAUGGCUAUGUAUCCGAGAUCGAUAGCGAGAGAAGCUCAUGGAUUGAUCUUCAUCCAUCGGCUUUGGAUACGUUUGACAAAAUCAUGAAUGAUGCAAAAGGCAAAGAAAUUGUUAUGUUUCUUGAUUACGAUGGAACUCUCUCACUAAUUACUGAAGAUCAUGAUAGAGCUUACAUUACCGACGAGAUGAGAGAAGUUGUAAAGGAAGUGGCUGUACAUUUCAAGACUGCGAUCAUUACCGGAAGAAGCACAGACAAAGUACAGAGUUUUGUGAAACUCAACGGGAUUCACUACGCCGGUAGCCACGGCAUGGACAUUAAGGAAGUGAUGUUUCAACCUGCAAGUGACUAUUUACCCAUGAUCGAUGAGGUGGUUAAGAUUUUAAAGGAAAAGACAAAAGCGAUUCCUGGAGCUACGGUGGAGCACAACAAGUUUUGUCUUUCCGUACAUUUCCGUCGUGUUGAUGAAAAGGGAUGGGCUGCACUAGCCGAGCAAGUGAAAUUGGUUCUACUUGAUUAUCCAAAAUUGAGACUAACACAAGGCAGAAAGGUGCUAGAACUCCGACCUUCCAUCAAAUGGGACAAGGGAAAGGCUCUCGAGUUCUUGCUAAACUCACUAGGAAUAGCAGAAUCGAAUGAUGUCUUACCGGUUUACAUUGGGGAUGACCGUACCGAUGAAGACGCAUUUAAGGUUUUACGUGAAAGGGGACAAGGUUUAGGGAUUGUUGUCUCAAAAACUGCAAAGGAAACCAACGCUUCUUACUCUCUUCAAGACCCAUAUCAGGUUAAAGAAUUUCUAAAGCGUUUGGUAAAGUGGAAGAAGCACACUUAG